GCCGUACGCUGAUUCAUCCAUUAUUUCCAGCACCAGAUGCUUUGGAAGAAGACCCCGUGUUCGUACACAUCACUUCCUUAGAACGUUCAGAUGAAUUCAAAACAAUCCUGUCUAAAUCUAUUGCCGAUGGAAAAAAUUUUGAAAUUAUGGCGGUUUCAUUCAUUUCUACGAGGUCAAUAGCACGAGGUGAUUCUGCUACAGAGGGCGUGCUAACUACCAAAUUGCCUUCAAAAUAUUACUGCAAAGCGGUUGGAGGUGGAAUACCGUAUGUUGUAUGCGCAGUGAUUGCUGAUGAAGAUAGACAAACUAAAUUGGGUUCAUAUACGCCAACAGGAAAUGACUUUAUGUAUCACAGAAUUGACAUUCUUGCACCUGAAAGUCGCUGUAGAAUUAGGAACAAGACAGCUACUACAGACCAUUCUACAGUGAAGUUCAGCCCUGACGCCUUUAGAGACCCCAAGUAUUAUAUAUCAAAUGAAGAAGACAUAAAUAUAGUCCAGCUUUAUACACAGUAUAUGAAUGAUAUUACUGGUCAUAUUCCAUCAGAUUUGUUCAAGGAAUCCGUGCGAGCCGCAGUAGUUGCUACAGCCAUAACCGAAGAAAUAUGGAAAAAUGCAUCCCAGUAUGACUCAAGACAAUUCAUAACUGCGUAUUUCAUCGGCACAGAUAAUGGUGUUUUCCGAAUAUUCCCUGGUCAACAAUUGGGCAAUAGUUAUGACCACGCAACAAGACCAUGGUAUAAACGAGUGAAAGGAAACGUCAAUAAACACACAUUAUCGAUUCCAUAUAAUGACGAUUUCGAAAAUGAUUACGUUAUCACUCUAAGCCACACAAUCGUUGAAAGCUCAAUAUCAGAUCAAGCAACAUCAGAUGAAAUAAGGGCUGUUGUGGGUAUAGAUUUCACAGUGGAAUAUUUUCAUCUUUUAGUAACUGACGGAUAUCCACAAUGCGUCGAAAAUCAGUACAGUUGUUUUGUGAUGGAUAGCAGUGGAUACCUUGUGAUACAUAACGAUUUCAUUGAAGCAAAUGGCGAUAUCAACAUUGAAAACUUGCAUAUCACAGAGAUUGAACCAGACAUCGCACGGGAUUUGAUAUCUAAAGGGGUCCUUAUAAAAUCACAGUGCGUCAACUUUCAAACAAUCAAGCAACAAAACUAUUACAUAGCGGAAAGACGGAGUGACAUUGACAAUUUGGCAGAUAGUGAUUCUUGUAAGCGUUACCAACUAUCGUACAUAUCGGGGACAAAUGUAUAUCUUGGUAUCAUCAACAAAGAUGACUGUCCAGAGACAAGGGAAACAAAGUGCAUAUGUGAAAGCCAGUGCCGGGAUACAGAAAAUACUGAAUGUGAAUGUCCCUGCCUGUCAGAUGCUGUUUACGACUAUUGUAAUGACGAAUUCCACUAUACAAGUGAUAGCCAUCCAGCUUGUACACCUAAAAUUCGAGAUUUGAAUAUUAUUACACAAGCUGAAUCGGAUGUUUCUCACCUAUCACAGUGUUUCGAAACACAUUGUUCUGAGAAGCAAAAUGCAGUAGAAUGCAAUGCUGCAGUUAACUGUGUGUGGUGCAUGGAUGGUAGUCCACGCUGCGAGGAUAGUGUAUACCAUUGCAAACCACCUCAUGUGAGCUCAGGACUAUCUACUGGGAUAAAAACAGGAAUCGCCAUCAGUGUGCUCGCAGCAAUUGGGAUUAUUAUUGUUGUAAUAGUAUUCAUAGUCGUGAGACAUCACAGGGAAGCUAAUGUCUUGGAUUAUAUAGACAAAUACACGGAUAACGAGUAUGACGUCCCAUCGGCGCCCCCGAAGCCUUCUGACGCCACCCCAGCAGAAGAGGAUACUUUAAAUUACGAGUUAGCCGAGGACUAUAUUCUACCCGAUACUCAUGAUUCAGACUAUGUCUAUCAUAACCAUGAACACGAUUCAGAUUAA